CGGACGGUGUGUGAGAGCGUCCCGCUGCUCCAGAAUCAUCUCAGUAAAGACUAAAACUGUUCAGCGAGGUUGGGUUUGUUCGGUAGAAUGACUCGGGUGGAGGAAAUAGCGAGCUUGACGUGAUUGCGGGUCGGCUGAUUCGCUCAGAUAUCGUCGAUACCUGUUAGUCGAGCCUGUGAGGCAGAGCUGGCACAAAAGGCAAAGGCUUGGACUCUCGAGCUCUAUGCCAGCAGUUAUGACAAUGUUAGCUGACCACGCAGCCAGACAGCUGCUGGAUUUCAACCAGAAACUGGACAUUAACCUCCUGGACAACGUGGUUAAUUGCUUGUACCAUGGAGUUGGACCACAGCAAAGAAUGGCCCAGGAGGUCCUCACCCAUCUGAAGGAGCACCCAGAUGCCUGGACCAGAGUGGACACCAUUCUGGAGUUCUCCCAGAACAUGAACACCAAAUACUAUGCUCUGCAGAUUCUGGAAACGGUCAUUAAGACGAGAUGGAAGAUUCUGCCCAGAAACCAGUGCGAAGGGAUUAAAAAAUAUGUCGUGGGUCUCAUUAUUAAGACAUCGUCUGAUGCUGCCAGCGUUGAAAAAGAGAAGGUGUACAUUGGAAAACUCAACAUGAUUCUAGUGCAGAUCCUGAAGCAGGAGUGGCCCAAGCACUGGCCCACCUUCAUCAGCGACAUUGUAGGAGCUAGCCGAACCAGCGAGAGCCUCUGCCAGAACAACAUGAUCAUCCUGAAGCUGCUCAGCGAGGAGGUGUUUGACUUCUCCAGUGGGCAGAUGACACAGGUCAAAGCCAAGCACCUAAAGGACAGCAUGUGUAACGAGUUCUCGCAGAUCUUUCAGCUCUGCCAGUUUGUGAUGGAAAACUCCCAGAAUGCCCCUUUGGUACACGCCACCUUGGAGACCCUGCUCCGCUUUCUGAAUUGGAUCCCGCUGGGCUACAUCUUCGAGACCAAACUCAUUAGCACGCUGGUGUACAAGUUCCUGAACGUUCCCAUGUUUCGAAACGUGACGCUGAAGUGUCUGACCGAGAUCGCAGGUGUGAGUGUGAGCCAGUACGAAGAGCAGUUCGUCACGCUCUUCACGCUCACCAUGAUGCAGCUCAAACAGAUGCUGCCUCUGAACACAAACAUCCGGCUGGCUUACGCGAACGGCAAAGACGACGAGCAGAACUUCAUUCAGAAUCUGAGCCUGUUCCUCUGCACGUUCCUCAAAGAGCACGGCCAGCUCAUAGAGAAGAGACUCAACCUGCGGGAGACCCUGAUGGAGGCUCUGCACUACAUGCUGCUGGUGUCGGAGGUAGAGGAGACCGAGAUCUUCAAGAUUUGCCUGGAGUACUGGAACCACUUGGCGGCAGAGCUGUACAGAGAGAGUCCGUUCAGCACGUCCACCUCACCGCUGCUCUCUGGCAGUCAGCACUUCGACGUGCCCCCGCGCAGGCAGCUGUACCUGCCUGUUCUGUCCAAGGUGCGUCUGCUGAUGGUGAGCCGCAUGGCUAAGCCAGAGGAGGUGCUGGUGGUGGAGAACGACCAGGGUGAGGUAGUGCGAGAAUUCAUGAAGGACACCGACUCCAUCAACCUCUACAAGAACAUGAGGGAGACACUUGUCUACCUGACUCACCUGGACUAUGCCGACACAGAGAGGAUAAUGACCGAGAAGCUGCACAACCAGGUGAACGGGACCGAAUGGUCCUGGAAAAACCUGAACACACUGUGCUGGGCCAUUGGUUCCAUCAGCGGAGCCAUGCACGAGGAGGAUGAGAAAAGGUUCCUCGUCACGGUUAUUAAGGACUUGCUCGGUCUGUGUGAGCAGAAGCGAGGGAAGGAUAACAAGGCCAUCAUUGCCUCAAACAUCAUGUACAUCGUGGGGCAGUACCCACGAUUCCUGCGUGCGCACUGGAAGUUCCUCAAGACUGUCGUCAACAAACUGUUCGAGUUCAUGCACGAGACCCACGAUGGCGUGCAGGACAUGGCAUGUGACACCUUCAUUAAGAUCGCUCAGAAAUGCAGGAGGCAUUUUGUCCAGGUUCAGGUCGGUGAAGUCAUGCCUUUCAUCGACGAGAUUCUCAACAACAUCAACACCAUCAUCUGUGACCUGCAGCCACAGCAGGUUCACACGUUUUAUGAAGCGGUGGGUUACAUGAUCGGCGCUCAGACAGACCAGGCUGUCCAGGAGCACCUGAUCGAGAAGUACAUGCUGCUACCUAACCAAGUGUGGGACAGUAUCAUCCAGCAGGCCACCAAGAAUGUGGACAUCCUGAAGGACCCAGAGACCGUAAAGCAGUUGGGCAGCAUCCUGAAGACCAACGUGCGAGCGUGCAAGGCUGUGGGUCACCCGUUCGUCAUUCAGCUGGGCCGCAUCUACCUGGACAUGCUGAACGUCUACAAGUGCCUCAGUGAGAACAUCUCGGCGGCUAUUCAAGCCAAUGGUGAAAUGGUGACGAAGCAGCCUCUGAUCAGAAGCAUGCGCACAGUGAAGAGAGAAACCCUCAAACUCAUCUCAGGCUGGGUCAGCCGGUCUAAUGAUCCACAGAUGGUGGGAGAGAACUUCGUCCCCCCUCUGCUGGACGCCGUCCUCAUAGAUUACCAGCGGAACGUCCCGGCGGCCAGGGAACCGGAAGUGCUCAGCACCAUGGCGACCAUCGUGAACAAACUGGGCGGCCACAUCACGACGGAGAUCCCGCAGAUUUUCGACGCCGUGUUCGAGUGCACGCUAAACAUGAUCAACAAGGAUUUCGAGGAGUAUCCAGAGCACCGCACACACUUCUUUUACCUGCUCCAAGCUGUAAAUUCUCACUGCUUCCCGGCUUUCCUGGCCAUACCACCGGCACAGUUCAAACUGGUGCUGGACUCCAUCAUCUGGGCCUUUAAACACACUAUGAGAAACGUGGCCGACACCGGUCUGCAGAUCCUCUACACGCUGCUGCAGAACGUGGCUCAGGAAGACGCAGCAGCUCAGAGCUUCUAUCAGACGUACUUCUGCGACAUACUGCAGCACAUCUUCUCUGUGGUCACAGACACGUCACACACAGCUGGUCUGACGAUGCACGCGUCGAUCCUGGCGUACAUGUUUAAUCUGGUGGAGGAGGGCAAGAUCAGCAUGACCCUCAACCCCGGAAGCCCCAUCAGCAAUCAGGCCUUCAUCCAGGAGUAUGUGGCAAACCUGCUCAAAACGGCCUUUUCUCACCUACAGGAUGCGCAGGUGAAGGUGUUUGUGACGGGGCUGUUCAGUUUGAACCAGGACAUCUCUGCGUUUAAGGAGCACCUGAGAGACUUCUUGGUGCAGAUUAAGGAGUUUGCGGGCGAGGACACCACAGACCUGUUCCUCGAGGAGCGCGAGGCGUCUCUGCGCCAGGCUCAGGAGGAGAAGCACAAGCUUCAGAUGUCCGUCCCCGGGAUCCUCAACCCUCACGAAAUGCCCGAGGAGAUGUGUGACUGAGCGCGCACACACACACACAUGGUCCAGCACCUACGACAUCUACAGACAGCCAGGCUGUCCAUAUAGAGGGCCAUCGAGCUGUGUGUGUGUGUGUGUGUGUGUGUGUGUGUGUGUGUGGGAGAGAGAGAAUGAGUGUGUUCCUCCUUUGUGGAGGUGAUAUCUGCACUUGGCUGUCUCUUGACCAAAUCAAAUGCCAAUCUGUAAAAUAAUCCAGUGGUUCUUUUUACAUAAUCUGCGUUUUAUAUAUGGACACUCUUUUGUGUAACACCGCUCCAUAGUUAACUCAGUUAGCUUACGUUUGGUCACUUCUCGGCGCUGCAUGGAACCACCGCCAUCCCUUCCCUUCACAAAGUACUUGUUCUCGCUCUUUAUUCUUGCAGUACUUUGUGUAAACGGUCAUGAGCGAACGUUUGGGUGAACCUGGUUGAUCCCAUGCGACGCUCAUCUCAUUUUAUUUUCUUUUUAUUACCGUUUAAUCCUGGUCUGGGUCGUGGCAGGUACAGUUUCACUGGGAAACACUGCUUGUUUGGGUAUCAGCAUCUCGCACAGUGAUUCCAUGGAAACCGAACCUGUCGCAAUCUGGUGUCCUGUACUGGGGUACACCAAAGCGUGGAGUUUGACCAGAGCUGCCGAAACGUUUGCGCUGGACCGUACAUGGUGUAUUUGUUUGUAUAUUAUGUAUAAAAUUUGCAGUGCGGGUUUUUUUUUUGCUUCCUCUCUCUCUCGCGUUAAAGCACAUGCCAGCGCGGUGAUGAGGAAUCUCAACUCGUAGUUCAGCUCAUCAUCUGGUCGAAGGACGGCCUGUUUGAAUGGACUGUUCAGCGUUUUUGGGUUGUGGUGUUGAGUCUUUGGGGUUUGACGCCUGUCUGAAGGAAGAUUCCUCAUCACUUGUGUUGUAAAUGUGCACGUUUGAACGAUAAAGGAACAAGCCGAUCAAGCUCGCCCCGACGAGGAAUGAAGGGAUGAUCUGCUCUGUUUAAGCAGCGGCUCGGUUAUCGAUCAGCAGCCUUAUUACCAUGGGAACACGUGGAUGCUUCUUCCAGUUAGUGUUUAUUUUUCCUGUCGUGUGUGUGUGUGUGUGUGCGCGCAGUUGUGUGUGUGUGUGUGUGCUGUCGCUUAGCCGACAUCAGGUUCUUUUGUUUUCCUCAAUGAGGAUGGUGGCUCCUUUUUACGAGCUUUCAUUAAAUUCAAGUUUAAAAAAAACAAAAAAAACAAAUAAAAAAAGAAAGUGGUUGAAAUAUUUAUGGGUUUGUUUGUAGGCUGCGUCUUUGUAACUGCUCCAGCGUGAAUUCAUUUAGAGAGACAGUUAUGGAGGGAUUUAUUUUGUACUAAUUUACUUCGUUUACCAUGCUUUAGUGUUCCAAGACACUACCUAAGGUUUUGUUUUAUUUCCCUGUUUGUUUUCGGUUUUAUUUCUUAACCUUCAGUUUAAAUCAAAAUCCAAACACGCAGACAUGCUCAGUAGAAAAAUUCAGCCGUGGAUCAUCCCCUGAUUUUAAGUGUUACGUUUGAUGUGAAGCAUUUUUUUUAACUGAUUAAAGUAGAAAGGAUUUUAUAA